AUGGCAGAACCUUAUGAGAUUGAAUCAUUACCAUUAUUCCAAAAUAAGUAUUACAAGACAUUAUCACGCAUCUGGGAUAUCUCAGAACAUUAUAUGGACUCACUCAUUGUUUCAAACGAGAACACAUUCUACCAAUCUAGUGUUGCUCCACUCAUGUCUAUGUAUGCUAAUGUUGGGAGCAUUUUAUUUGAAAAUUUUUCAUAUGACAACAAAGGUUUCUUACCAAGUUACCAUUUUAACACUAAUUAUAUUAAUAUCUCCGAAUUUAUUGGUAGUUACAUCCUAAUAUUCCAAAACCAACCAGAUAAAUUCAAGGAAAUCAUUGAUUGUCUUAUUGUUGAUUCGGAGUAUAAAAUGUAUUCGCUCACUAUUGACAUUGUUUCAUAUAUUAUGACUCAUAUCCAUAAAUAUGACAUCAAUAUGUCUACGCUUCGUUAUUUAGUUCUUUUCAAUUUAUCAAUUAUUUCAAAAGUUUUAUACAACUUCUCUCGCUUUCCACUUUAUACAAUUGUUCAUUUAGUUAUGGACAGUUCGAAACAAGCUAUUUAUGCAUAUGAUUCAAACGAUUCAUCCUUCACUAUAUUCAACACAAUGAAAUAUGCACUAAAUACGAAAUCUAAUUCAUUUGAUUAA